CCAUUGGUAUACACGCGCGUAUAAAUACGCACCUUUUGAAUGCCCUAACCAUCUCCUUUCGCUCUGCAAAAUCCCUCCGCUUCUCGCGUCUUCUGGAAAAAUCCACCGCCCGCCGGACGUCGCCGCUGCUCGCCGUCGGCAAUGGAGUUUUGGGGUGUGGAAGUCAAAAGUGGGGAACCCCUCAUUGUCGAACCUGGGCAUGAGACAGUUGUGCAUCUGUCACAGGCCUGUCUUGGAGAAGCCAAGGACAAAGCAAAGGAAUCUAUACUCCUCUAUGUUAAUAUCGGGGGUCAAAAACUUGUCCUUGGAACUCUCUCUGCCGAUAAGUUUCCCCAGAUACCUUUUGAUCUGGUGUUUGAGAAAAGUUUUGGGCUUUCUCAUAAUUGGAAAAAUGGAAGCGUCUUCUUCAGUGGAUAUAAGACACAACUUCCAUGUGGGUCCGACGUUGACAGUCUAUAUUCUGAUUCCGAUGCUGAAGAGGGUCUUCCAAUUAAUGUAACUGCUCAAGCUGAUGUCCCUCCGCAAAAAGCACCAGUCAUUGCUAAUGCCAACGCAGCAAAGCCCAACCUUGCUUCUGCUAAGCAAAAGGUAAAGAUUGCUGAAUUAAACGAGGAUGGGAAAAACAAAGGGGACAAUGAGGACGCUGAUUCAUUUUCAGAUGAUGAUGAGGAUGAUUCUGGUGAUGAGGACAUGGUCGAUGGAGGUGAUGAAAGUAGCGAUGAAGACGAUGACGACAGUGAGGAAGAGGAAAGUUCUGAAGAGGAAGUGGUUCGACCAAGUAAGAAGAGACCUGCUGAUUCUGUCCUGAAAACCCCUGCAUCAGAUAAGAAAUCAAAACUGGAAACUCCUCAAAAGACUGAUGGCAAGAAAGCCAGUGAGCAUGUAGCAACUCCAUACCCUUCUAAGCAAGCUGGGAAGGCGAUUGGUAACAAAGGUCAAGCUAAGCAGCAAACACCAAACUCCAAUGAGUUCUCGUGCAAACCUUGCAACCGGUCGUUUAAGUCGGAACAGGCUGUUCAAUCUCACAACAAGGCGAAGCAUGGUGCAAGCUAAAAAAUUUGGGUAGUCCAAAGACACUGGCGAUUUUGUCCGACUGAGGUGGGUGAUACCAAUCGGCGAGAGCUCCGCUAGAAGUUUAACCGGGAUGUUCUUUUUGUUGUUAGUUGUGGCUUUUCAUGACUCCAUUCUGGAACUAUGGGUAUUAACGGUCCUGAACAGCUUUCAAUAUUUGAAUUUGAAACACUUUUGUGUCCUUCAGUCAGCUGUACACAUGUCGAGCCCGUGCGUGACUUUGCAUUCGGGAUUAUUCAAAACAGGUGCUGAUACUGGUGGUUUGGGCUAUAAAUUCGAGUAAAUUUUGGUAA